AUGGAGCCUCCCAGCUUGCACCCCAUGAUUGCUCCUCGCUGACUGCUAUAUAUACAUACCACCACACAAACGACAUAACAUAACACUCGUCUCGAUCGAAACCAGACAUGGGUUUUAGAACAGGGUUCUGCUGUGCUCUGCUACUGGCGACGCUGCUGCCUCUUUCGGCUAAUGCGUCGAGCAAACUCUACAUAGUGUACAUGGGGGAGAAGAAGCAUGAUGACCCGUCCGUGGUCACCGCGUCGCACCAUGACGUACUAACGUCUGUUCUUGGGAGCAAGGACGAAGCCUUGAAGUCGAUAGUUUACAGCUACAAGCACGGAUUUUCUGGGUUCGCGGCAAUGCUAACCGAAUCUCAAGCCGAGGCACUCACAAAGUUCCCUGAAGUUAUCACUGUGAAGCCUAACACUUUUCACGAACUGCACACGACUCGGAGCUGGGAUUUCCUUGGCCUUGACAACUACCAACCACCACAACAACCGGGCCUCCUCCAAAAGGCAAAGUACGGUGAAGAUAUAAUCGUCGGUGUGAUCGAUUCAGGCAUAUGGCCCGAAUCCCGAAGCUUUGACGACAAUGGGUAUGGCCCCAUACCGGCACGGUGGAAAGGGAAAUGCCAAACUGGCGAGGAGUUCAACGCCACGAACUGCAACCGAAAGAUCAUCGGCGCGCGGUGGUACGGCCGUGGCAUCAACGCUGAUGUACUCAAGAGAAACUAUAACUCGCCUAGGGACAUCACCGGCCACGGCACGCACGUCGCAUCGACGAUCGCUGGAGUGGAGGUGCGAGGUGUGAGCUACGGUGGCCUAGGCACCGGCGUGGCGCGUGGUGGGGCACCACGUGCGAGGCUUGGCAUCUACAAGGUGUGUUGGGUUGGCCCUGAUUGCUCUAUGUCGGCGAUCUUGGCGGCCAUUGACGAUGCUAUACACGACGGUGUGGAUGUGUUGUCGAUCUCGAUCGGAGGGGCCGGUCAUGAGAUACCUGGAACGUUGCAUGCUGUGCAGAGAGGAAUCUCAGUUGUGUUUGCAGGCGGGAACGAUGGACCGGUGCCGCAGACAGUGACGAAUGCCGCUCCGUGGGUCACGACAGUGGCUGCUAGCACAAUUGAUCGGGCUUUCCCGACCCUGAUAUCGCUUGGGAACCAAGAAAAGCUUGUGGGGCAAUCUCUCCAGUACAAUCCAUCAGUGACCAGCAGCGACUUUAAGAACCUUGUUUAUGCGGGGAGGUGCGACGCGGCGUCAGUGGCGUCGAGCAACGCCACCGGCAAGAUCGUCCUGUGCUAUGCACCAGGGGAUGCGAAAUCCACGUCGCCAUGGGUAGCACUUCCGAAUGCCAUCAAUUUUACCAUCGUGGCCGGCGCGAAGGGCCUCAUCUUUGCACAGCACACUGCCAACCUCCUCGACUUUCUGCAACCUUGCGAAGGCAUUAUGCCCUGCUUACUGGUGGAUUUCGAGAUCGCACAGAGAAUCCGAUCGUAUAUGGCAAUCACACGGAAUCCGGUGGUGAAGGUUUCGCCUACCGCAACCGUUGUUGGGAACGGGGUGCUGUCGCCGAGGGUCGCCUCGUUCUCGUCGAGAGGGCCAAGCCCCAUCUACCCCGGCAUACUCAAGCCCGACAUAACUGCGCCCGGUGUCAGCAUCUUGGCAGCCCAACAGGAUUCCUACGUGUUCAAAUCUGGGACAUCCAUGGCGUGUCCGCAUGUCUCAGCGGUCACCGCGUUGCUCAAGUCAAUUCACCCUGACUGGUCGCCUGCAAUGAUCAAGUCCGCCAUUAUCACAACAGCCUCAGUGACCGAUCGUUUUGGUAUGCCAAUCCAAGCAGAGUCGGUCCCUAGGAAACUCGCCGACCCCUUUGACUUUGGCGGUGGCCACAUUAACCCGGACAGGGCCGUCGACCCUGGCUUGGUUUAUGACCAGGAUGUGAAGGAAUACAACAAAUUCUUCAAUUGCACCAUUGGACUAUUAGAUGGAUGCGAAUCCUACGAACUCAAUCUUAAUCUACCAUCAAUCGUUGUGCCAGACCUCAAGAACAAGGUCACAACAUGGCGCACUAUCACGAACGUUGGGUCGGUGGAAGCGACUUAUCGAGCGGUUGUUGAAGCUCCGGAGGGGGUAGCCGUGUCCGUGGAGCCAUCUGUGAUCGGUUUCACUGCAGGUGGUAGUAGAAGCGCGACGUUUAGACUUACGUUUACGGCGAAGCAAAGAGUGCAAGGUGGGUACACAUUUGGGAGUUUGACAUGGUCCGAUCAAAGUGCGCACUCGGUGAGAAUUCCUAUUGCUAUACGGACCGUGAUACAAGAUUUCGUCGCAGAUACAGCUUAAAUGCAUCGGUUCGGUUCCUGUGUAAGAUAAGAGUUGGAAAAACGCUGAAAAUGUGUACCAAUUUAAUUAGUAUCCUAUAUUGUUGUCUGACAUGAAUAUAAGUACUAGCUAAAUUC